AUGGACUCCGAUGGAGAUAUGGAGUCGCUCUUCGGCUCUUCGGUACCUUCACCAGAAUCGCCUCCCACCGCGGUUCCCGAAAGCACCAACCUGCCUGGUAAUCUCCGUCUUCCCACAUACUCUGCGCAGAGUUCCGUAGCCGUUGUUUCUAACAGUCAAGCUUCAUCGUUUACGGAGCAACCGACUACGGUCUCGCCUCAAGAUGUUCUGUUGAACCCAGGAACAGCCGCGACGGCAAGCUCGUCUACGAUAUUUUCUCUGCCCACCGUGCAGAACCACGCCUCUCCCAGUGCUACAUCCAACCAGCCGUCUUCUGCCGCUGGGUCCGGAGCAUCGGCCACCUCCAGUCGCUCCCGCACAACUGUUCCUGCGCCUGAGGGUUACAAGAAGUGCACCAAAUGCAAGCUCAACUACCCGGUCGCCACAUAUGAGCAUAUGCGCGCCCUGGGUCAAAUCGAUCACUAUGUCCAGUGCACCGUCUGCCGCGAGAAGAGAAGAAAGUCAACUGCUGCAACCAAGGCCAGAAAGGCAGAGGCUGAGGCCCGAGAGCAAGCGCACCGCCUCGAACAGCAGCAGCAGCAGCUUCAGCAGCAAUAUCAUCAGCCACCUCAGUUGAAGGUAGAGGCUCCCGACAAUGCUCCACUGGCCUUCAUGGGUGUCCAUGACGGCGGUGGCAACGUCAUGCUAAGCAUAGAGCACGGCUCCCAGGAUGAAGAAAUGGUGGAGGAAGCGGAUCAUAAGGGUCUCGCUUUUUCUGCCAUGCCUGUUGCUGCUUUGAACACUCCCGGUUCUAUCAUGGGCAGCGAGCGCGCUUCCUCGAUUCUCACGGGUAGCUCUAUGAACGUUCGGAACGAUGGAUUCCUUGAUAUGGAUGUGGAAUACGACAUGAAGUACCAUGAGAAUCACAAUUCAGCCCCGAAACAGUCGCGUGGCGCUUCCCUGUCCAUCGAGUCUCAGGCCCACAAUGUCGCGAACGAUCUCGCGUCAGCCAACUACCAGGCACUCGAACAAUCGUUGAUGCCUGCCCCAAUCAUGGCCCCAAUUUUGGCCGAAGUGAUCGCUGAUACGGCAAGCCAGCACACGAGCACCAACCUCCAGCUCACCACUACCGUCGCUAUAAAGAGACCCCUGUCGGGGGAUUUGAUCAAGGCGCGCGUGGAAUUUGAGCGCCGCAGGUUUGACGAAGCGCGCCAUAAGUGUCUCUGGAUGAGAUUUCAAGACGAAGCGACCGUCACUCGGGCUUGGAAGAAGCGAGAGGCGGCAGUCAUUCUCGACCUUGUUGUCGUACCUCGUCCUGAGCCGCAGCCCUUUCUGGGGCAGACGUACGCUCAAGGCUCUCACCGUAACAUCCACGGAGCCUAUCAGUCUCCCAUGCCUUGA